AAUCACAUAAUGAGCUUGUGGAACCUCAUACUCAGCAUCAUUUUCUUGUCACAAACUACAAUUGGAAUUCUGGGAAAUUUCUCUCUUAUAGUCUACUAUCUAGUCCUUUACUAUAGAGAAUGUACAUUGAAGCCCACAGAUUUGAUUCUCAUGAAUCUAAUGACAGCCAAUGUCAUGAUCAUCCUCUCUGCAGGAGUACCCCACACAAUGACUCAUUUUCUGUUGAGGCAAUUACUGAAUGAUUUUGGAUGUAGAUUAAUUUUAUACAUUCAAAGAGUUGGCCGGAGUGUGUCAAUUGGAACCUCCUGUCUCUUGAGUGUCUUUCAGGCCAUGUCCAUCAGUCCCCGCGAAUCCUGUUGGAAGAAUCUUAGAGUCAAAGCUGCCAAGUGCAUUGGCUGCUUCAUUAUCCUCCUCUGGCUCUUCUACAUGUUAAUGCAUUUCAUUUUCUUUAUAUACCCAUUUAUCAAAAGGAGUAACAAAAAUAUGACAAGAACACGAGAUUUUGGACACUGCUCUAUUGUAGUGCACAAUGAAAUCAGUGACUCACUCUUUGCAGCAUUAGUGAUGAUACCUGAAGUCCUUUUUUCUUUGCUCAUCACCUGGACCAGUGGCUCCAUGAUUAUCAUUCUGUACAGACACAAGCAGAGGGUUCAACAUAUCCACAGAACUCAUAGUUCCAGCAGAACCUCCCCUGAGUCCAGAGCCACGCUGAACAUCCUGACACUGGUGUCUGCCUUUCUGUUUUUUUAUACAUUUUCCUCCAUCUUACAAGGCUGCAUUGCUCUUUUGUAUAAUCACACCUGGUGGCUGUUGAACAUCUCUUGUCUUACUUCUCUGUGUUUUCCCUCUUUGGGGCCUUUUGUUCUUAUGAAUCAUUACUCCAUUGUGACCAAAUUAAGUUGGUCCUGGAUUAGGAACAAACAUCAUUCAAUUUAUUUUAAGUAUAUAAAUUAUGAUUUGUGUAGAUUCAUGUUUUUACUCACCCAUCACCAUCAAAAGUUCAAUACAGAAAGAUAA